AUGAUUAAAAGUUCAUUUCACGGUGUAAUAGAUGAAAUUCCCGGUAUUUCUGUGGAUAACUUCGAGAGGGCUGAUGCAGUGCAGGCUAGAGCCUACUUCCUCAGUCAUUGCCAUUCAGAUCACACCCAGGGUCUGUUCACAAAGGAGUUGAUAGAAACUCUGGAGAGAACUCGCGCAUGUCUCUACAUGUCCGAACCUACAGCUGCCAUUAUUGAGGAUGAAAAUAAUGACGAGAGAUUAUUAAAGUACAUUAAAAUUUUACCAUUGGGGCGAAACUCGAUAAUUCUACCACCUUCACCGUCACAAAACUUACCUGAAUUGUAUCUAACGGUGACUCUUAUAACCGCUGCUCACAGUUUUGGUUCUGUCAUGUUUCUCUUUCAAACAACAAACAAGAAUGUUCUUUUUACUGGAGACUUCCGUAUUUCAAACAAUAAUGUGUCUAAAUAUACAUAUUUUCAUGAUAAAAACGGAGAUGCCAUACACCUGGAUGCUUUGUAUGUAGACACAACAUUUUUAGAUGAGUAUACACCGUCUCCAGAAAGGCCUCCAGAUGCAAUAGACAAAUUGCAUGAAGUUAUAAGUCAAUUGGCGACGGCUAAACACAACCCUAUUUACAGAGCACAGGAGGAAUACCAAAUAAAGCCAGAAAUAGUCCAUUUCAGAUCAGCGAACCCCGCGCUAAAAUUCGAAAUAAACUCCGAUAGCAUCGUAAGGGUAAUACAAGACCUGCUCACGAGCAAUGCGGUGAAACAGUACACAGACAUAGCAGCUAAAAAAGCUGCGGUUGUCUAUCGCACAAUCAAAGAGGAGAUGCGAAAGGAAGAUUUGGAGUAAUUUAAAUAAAUUGUU